CCCCUUGACCCGUACUUCCGGUGCCGUUGGAGAGAUGUUUUGCAUGCAGGCUUCAGGUCAGUCCUCUGCCUUUUACGUUCGGCAUGGGAUCAGGAACUGACUACAGACACUGCUGGUCAAAAUCGGACCUUGUUUCCAUUCCUUUAACAACGUUAACGUAGCUGAAGCAACUGUAGGCAAGAAGAGAUUGCCACACGAUCAGCAUGGUCGGGACAGAGGAGCGAUCCUGAUUGGAGUACCGGUGGCGUGUGUGUACUUGACUUGAUGAAAGCCGAAGUUGUUUCUACAGAGGAUUCGACUAUAUCCUGCCAAUGGUGACUUCUUGAAAAAAAAGAGCAUCUGGUCAUCAAAAAUGAUGGAAUCCCCAGCAGAAUCCAACGACAAGCCACAGUUCACCUGCGGAGAGUGUGACCAGAGUUUUCCCACGGCAGGCCAACUGAACAACCAUCACAGUACACAUACCUGGAAACAGUGCUUCCAGUGUAACUUCUGUAGCUACACUACAACAUCCAUUGGCCAGAUGAAAAAGCAUGCGGAAACACACAGCAAUAGAAAAAAGUUUGCCAACACCUCCAGUACUUUAGACCCAAGAGGGGAAAAAAGUGAUCAGAAACAUGACAAUCAAGAAGAGACAAUAGAGAUUUCAGAUGGAGAGUGUGCUGAUAGUGGUGGAGAAAAGGAGGCAGUGAUAUUGAUUGAAAGUGACAAUGAACAAGAAGAUGGAAGAGCACACACACAUAGAGAAGAAAUAUUUGCUCAGUUAGAAGACCAGAGAUCAGACAUAGAAAGUGCAACAGGCAAAGUACCACAGAGUGAACCGCGUAUUGAUAACAGCCAGUCUUCCAUUUCCAAUGCUUCUUUGGAGAACAAACCUUUGAGCUCAGAUGGAAAACCUGAACAGAACUUGUUCCAAGAAACUGUGGCAAGAAACAAUGUCCCUCCAGGUAACAGGGACUCCAGUCAUCAGUCGAGAAAUAUUUUUGCCCAGUUGAUGGGCGACUUUUCAGUUGCAACCUUGCAGCCUAGUUCUGCAAUGGCUGAUUGUAUUACAUCAACUGGUAAUGAAAGGCAACAGUCACAGACCAGUGCUUCCCCAGAUAACACCAAUUCUGCUGCACCUGGAAGUACAGCAGAAACCACAGCUGAAACAACAGCUGACCCAGGUGCUGAUAUCCAGUGUGAGGUAGUCAGUUCAAGCAACAGUACAAGGAAGAAAAAGAAGAAGGAAAAAAAGCUCUGGACUUGUGAGUGUGGGUUCACAAGUUACUAUCUUGACAACUUGAGGAGACACCUGCGCAAGGGGAGCUGUGCCCAGCAGAAGCACAAUGUGUUCAGAGAGAAGAUUGGGCCGAGGCGGCAUGAGUGUUCAAGGUGUCCAUUUUGGGCACCAACAAGAUUAGGUUUGGUCAAACAUCAAAAGGCUCAUCUCAAAACCUACUUCUGCAGUGAGUGCCCUUUCCAAACGAAGCACACCGCCAAGUUGAAACGGCAUGCAGAGAUGCACAAGGACAAUCAUAUCUACAGUUGUAGUAAAUGCUCCUUCAGUAGUGACCACAGGAACAUCCUCACAAGGCAUAAGAAACUGCACGAGGUAGACAGUUCAAACCCUACUGUUUGUCAGAAAACAUCCAAAUCCCGUGCAACUGAACCGGAGCUGUUCUGUUCAAUGUGCUCCUUCACAACCAGAGAAGGCAAGUAUUAUCUGCUGGAGCACCAAGCAGAACACUAUGAGGAUAACAGGAUGAGAUGUGACCAGUGUGAUCUUGUGACUAUGGACAAGCGCAACUUUCAGAGCCAUCUUUGGACCCAUGAUGGCCAAAAGCCGUUCAAAUGCACACAUUGCCCUUACAGAACUGCACACGCUAAGUCUCUUGACAGACACAAAAAAAAUCACAAUGCAAACCUUCCCUUUCAGUGCCACCUAUGUUCUUUCUCAACCAAAGGACAAAGUCCUCUGUCUGCCCACAUGAAUGUUCAUGGCAUCCACAACAGGUUUGAUCAGAAGACAAGUGCCACGUCAAAGAGCAGCAGAAGGAAACUGGAUGAUUUAGAGGAUCAUUGCAGUGCCUCUGAAACCAAUGACAGUCUUGAAGCCACCAAAAUGGAAACACCAACUCAACAGUUGGAUAGUAGGGAAGCUGAGGACAAAGACAGCAAUGACGACGGUGAAAACUUUAACUGUAAACACUGUUCCUUCUAUGCCAAAGACCGGUAUACGCUGCUCCUACAUGCAGCCAAACACUACCGUGACAUGAUAUACCGUUGUGAUCAGUGUGACUUUAAGAGCAGACACAGUGUUUCCCUAAAGGAACACCUGUUUGUCCACCUUGGGCAGAAGCCUUACGUCUGCACAAAGGAUCCCAAGUGUCCUUUUGUUUCAGCCCAUCAGGGAAACGUGAGGAGCCACAUGAAGGCUCACUCUGCAAACUUCCCCCUGAAGUGUAAGUUUUGUACAUUCACAACUGUCCGUCAGUCUGUGCUGACAAAGCACCAUAGGCUUCACAAACAAAAGCCAGGGCAAGAAGCAAAAUCUAGGCCUAAGCCCACUACAGUGUACAAAUGCAAGUAUUGCGAGCACACUGCAUGUAGUCAACAUGCACUGAUGUGUCACCAAGCUGAGCACAAAAACCUACGAGUCUUCCAAUGCAACAGGUGUCAGUUCUUUACAAACUCAAGGUUUAUUUUCAGAAGCCAUAAGAAUAAGCAUCUCAGCAGGGGCAAAGUUGGAAUGAAGCAAGGGGACAGUAGAAAGGAUAAACUGGUGGAGCCUUCAGUUCAACAAAAGCCUUUCAGUUGUUCAACCUGUUCCUACACGACAGACAAAAAAUAUCUGCUGCUUGUCCAUGAAGCUAAACACUCAGGCGAAAAAGCGUUUCACUGUGAUGAAUGUGAAUUUUCCACCCUCAAUGUGCAUAACCUGAGUCUGCAUCUACGUGCACAUGAACGAAGAAAAUUCAAGCGGUACAAAUGUGAUGAGUGCCCGUACGUGGCAGAGAGGCAAAGAGCCUUGGUAAACCACACCAACAACCACAAGGCAGACCUCCCCUUCAAGUGCAAGUAUUGCUCCUACACUGCAACCAGGGGGUACUACAUACGUGUUCACACACUUUUGCAUAUCCACAGUAAGAAGAACAGGGUAGAAACAGAAAAGAGCAGGAGGGAUAGUGAAGGUGUUGUCAACACUGUAACAGAAGGGGAUGAUCCUGAGACAUCGCAUGGUGAUGAUUUCGACAUUGAUGGCAAGGUAGAUUCAGAAAAGACGAGCAAACCAGUCCCGGGUAUUAGGCUGGUUAUGACAGGAUCGGGGCAGUACAAAACAACAGAGCCUUCCAAGCCAGCAGGUAAGAGGAUCUACUGUGAUUACUGCGAUCACAGCACAACUCGUCCUCGGGACAUGAAGGUCCACGUCAGGCUCCACACUGGCGAGAGACCGUACGCCUGCCCCGAUUGUCCCUUCAGGGCUAUCCAGUCCCAUCAUCUACAAAAGCACCGGAGGUAUCACCAAGCAAACUUGGCAGAAAAAUGCAAACUCUGCACCUUCUCUUGUAGAAGUGCCUCACUGCUGAGGUCACAUGUCCAGCUGCAUAAUGACAAGAAAAACUGGCACAGGUGCCCCCACUGCAGCUUCACCACCAGCAGUUAUCGUGUUGCCAACACACACAUAAGGAAGCAGCAUGUACUGUCGGGCUUUACAGUAGCUACUUCUACCCUUCCAGUCAAGAAAAAGAGCCCACCUCAACAGGAUGAAGAUGUAGUCAGUGUCGAUAGCAGUAAAAGUGCUGAGGAAGAGGAUGGAACAGACGAAGAGGAACUAGAUGUUUGUGUCAUAGAUGAAGAGGCUGGGCAGUCUCCUAGUCUUCAACAAUCAUCUGACACGGUUGGAGAAAGGUUGGACCCAGCAAUGGACAAGCAUGAGGCAGACAGUGAUAGUGCAGAUGAUUCUGAAGAGCAGGCAGACGUUUUGAGUGUAACCCACGAGGAAGAGAGCACCGAUCAGAGUAACACUGAUUGUGUGGAGGAAUGCCAAGUGAAGUGUGAUCAGUGUGAACAUUCAUCAGCGACCCAUGUGGACCACCUAAUUCACCUUUCUGUACACACCAAUGACAAGACAAUACUCUGUGACCAGUGUGAUUAUACAACCAGCAAUGAAUCCCUCUUCAAAGAACACUGGCAAACUCACACAAGUGAGAAUCAGUUCAAGUGUGACCUCUGUUCAUUCAUAGGCACAGGCAGGGCAAACCUUCUCCAACACCAGAGCUUCCACUCAGCUAAGCAAGCCCUGAAAUGUCGCUGGUGCUCGUUUUCAUGUUCAGAACGACAGCACCUAGAAAACCACAGGCGACUACACGGGCAUGGUCGUUUCAAGUACAAAUGCCAGUACUGCCAUUUCAACACUGACAAUCUCUUUUUACAUCUUGUUCACAAGGCAAAGCACUCAAGUAUGGGGAUAAUGAAAUGUAACAUGUGUAAGACCUUUGAGACUAAGGAUGCAAAUGCAUUGAAGGAACAUCUGAAGGAGAAACACAAUAAUCAUGAGCAUUUCUCUAAAAAUCUGCCAUUCUUACGCCGUUACAAAGGCAAAGUAUAUGCUGAAAAUGAGCUCUACGGAUGCAAACUCUGCCCGUACAAAACUAUUCAGCCAAAAUCAAUGAUUGUCCACCUGUCGUGGCAUGGUGCAAAUGAAGUCUACAAAUGCCCCUUCUGUAAUUUCUCUCAUACCCGAUCAUACAUCAUAGAGGACCACAAGAAGCUCCAUGGAUAUGCAGGGUCCUUCAAGUGUAACCAGUGUAGCUUCGCCACUGAUGAGAAGUACAGGCUGCUCAAACACAAGGCCAUGCAUUUUGGUCGGAAGACAUUCAAGUGUGAUCAGUGUGAUUAUGUCACAGAUAACUCUCAUAGACUCAAGAUUCACACUACUCGACAUAGUGGCCAAAAAACGCACACGUGUCCACUUUGUCCCUUUGAAACAAUGAGUAAAACAGACCUAAAGGUGCACAGACUAAAACAUGACGCAAAUCACUCUCAGAAAUGCAAGUACUGCACUUACUCGUGUGAGAAUAAAAAGCACCUUAGCAAACACUUGAAGCUGCAUGAGAAUAAAGCAGAUCUUCGAUGCCUGAUGUGUGACUUUGUAGCCACCUCAGAGUGUUCACUAGCCUGGCACGAAGUCAACCAUCAUAAAAAACAACAGCCAGUCAAACCUGUGUGGUCAAAAGGAUCAAAUAACGAUGCCCCUACAUCUGGUGUCAAUUCUGCAUUAUUUGGCAGUUGGCGUUACCAAAGAACAAAGUGUCCCCAGUGUCCAUUUGUAGCCCAGGAUCUUCAUAGGUUACAAGAUCAUGUACAGAAGCAUGGGGCGGGCCUUCCCUUCAAGUGCACGCAGUGUUCCUACACAUGUGAACGGGAAACAGACCUGACCCAACACUCCAGGUACCAUGGUGUCAAGGGGGCGUUUGUUUGCCAGGAAUGUUCGUACUCCACCGAGAAGAAAGUCUGCCUGUUGCUUCACCAGGCGUCCCACGCGGCCGAUGGGAUGUACAGCUGCGACCGGUGUGACUUGAAGACGUCAGACAAGGAGCUGCUGGUGAGUCACCUGAAGGAGCAUGACGGGACCCAGGUCUUCAGGUGCUCCUUGUGUCCGUACAGCACAGUGAUUGAGAGUAACUACACAGUACACCAGAGGAGGCAUCGUGCCAGAUUGCUGCACUGCUGCAAGCACUGUUCAUACUCUACAGGCAAAAAGAAAGAUAUGGAAGCUCACAAUAAAAUGCAUGAACGAAAGUUUCGCUGCAAUGAGUGCACAUACACCACUGACAUCAGGUAUCAGUUCCUCAUCCACAGGGGCCUGCACACAGAAAAGAGGAUAUUUUCAUGUGACAAGUGUCCUUUCCGCACUAAAGCCAUGGUUGCACUCAGAAACCACAUAGUCAACCAGUGCAACAACAAUAAGCUGAGGUGCAGCGAAUGCCCCUUUGUCACCAACCGGGGGGCGAUCCUCAAAACUCACAUGAAGUACCACAACGCCAACUUCAAAUACAAGUGUGAUCAUUGCUCCUUCUCCACAGCACUGGGCUGGCACUUUCACAGGCAUGCAAAGGUUCACAAGAGAGGCACCAGGCAGAGACAAAAGCCAACAUCCUCAACAGAAUGGCAUGAUAGCAGAAGUGACAAAGAGGAGGAAAAGACAGAAUUCGAACCAUCAUGGACAGAAGGUGAUCAUGAGUCAGAUGUGGAUGUGGAGAAUAUUAGUGAAGAUUACAAUGCUGACCAGUCAAGUCAUGGACGAGAAAACAGAAAGACAGAUGAGACUAGGAACGUGACUGGGGAAAGUGAAAGUACUGAAGCGAAAGUGAAAGAUGUCUCCGGCCCUUCCCCAGCCACCACCAGUACCAAUCAAGAAACAGAAAAACAGCAAACCGUCUUUAAUUUGGUCAAGUCGUAUGCCAGUUAUCACCUCUCAUGCAGGUUCUGUCCUUACAAGACAUCCAAAAGGCUCCAUCACAUGUCCCAUGAGGCCAAGCAUGGUGCUGAUCUGCCCUUCAAGUGCAGCAAGUGUUCCUACAGUGAUCGCUUUGAGGGGAAGAUUGCCAUCCACAUGAGGGUCCAUGGAUGCCCUGGGAGGUACCAGUGCCAACAUUGCUACUACUCUACCAACAAUGAGGGCUUCCUGCAAGUUCACAUGAAUUCCCGGCACAGGACAUCCAAAGUCUUCCAUUGCUCCAAGUGUGAAUUCUCCACUGAAAGACCAAAGUACCUGAAAGAACACAUCCAAAAGCAGCACUUGUGCAAGCCUCUCCCCACCAAAGUGAAGGUCCUCGAGUACAAGUGCAUCAGGUGUUCCUUCCAAGCUGCUACCUUAGCCGAGCUCUGGGAACACCACAAGCUUCAACACCAGGAGGAAGAGAAGCACUUUUACAAAGACGGGGACUACAGGUGCAGGCACUGUAGCUUCGUAGCAACCAAACAAAAUCGCAUGGCCAGGCACAUCAGGAUCCACCUACGAGACUUGGCCUACACCCCACAGCCUACUGAGGGGGCAACAUCCGGGUCAGUAAACUAUGCGGCGACACAGGCAGAUGGAAACACACUUGUAUCUGAUGAAAACAACCAGGAAGUUGGUGACGAAUCCAGUGCUAGAAAUUGCAAUGUUAUAUCUUGUGAAAAAUCAGUGGUGAAAUCUAAGAACACAGCUCGUAAGAGUGUGCCACUGGGGAACAAAGAAAAGACAACCUACCAAUGUCCAGACUGUAAGUUUACAGCAACAAGAGAGCACCUGGUACUGGCUCAUGCGCGGAACACUCACAGGAAGGAACCUGAUGUAGAGAAACAAAAGGUCGCCCGCUAUCCUCGGCGUUUCAAAUUAUAUAAAUGUCAGUCUUGCCCAUACUCUAGUUACAGACGUAUCCAUGUCAACAUUCAUGAGAAGUAUCACUCUGCCAACUACCCGUUUAAGUGCGACCAGUGCACGUACAGCUGCCAGUUCCUGUACAAGCUCCUGCAGCACAAGGCGCUACAUGACAGGGGGGACAAUGUGUACCAAGCUGCUGUGCCCAAAAAUAUCACUGUGUACAAGUGCCCACUGUGUCCCUACACCAGCUACAAGAAGUCUGUUGUUCAGGAGCACAAGACGUACCACAAGGCUGGCUACCCUCACAAGUGCUCCAAAUGUUCCUACUCCUGUAAGACUGAUGCCAAGCUGCAAGAUCACAUCAAGCUGCACACUCAGGAUGAUAUCGUUGACCAGGAGGGUAUAACUAUGUACCAGCCUCCUCAACGAGAGCAAGUUUCCUUGUUCAAGUGCUCAAUGUGUCCAUACAGGAGUUACAAGUGUCAGCACGUCUUAUGCCACGAGCGUCUCCACAAUGCCAACCUCCCAAACAAGUGUCGCUUUUGUUCCUACUCUUCCCUGUUCCAGUACAAGGUAAAGCAGCACCAGAAGCUGCAUGAAGAGGAAGAUGGACUUUCAGACACAAGCAAGGAUGCAAGCCAAAAUGCAGUCUGCAGUACAAUGGAAGAUGGUGAGGACGUGACCACGGAUGAAGAGUUGCAAAGUGAGGGGAUUGUAUCCAAGAAACGAGGCCUCAACGCUGUGUUUGACAACAGUGACCGUUAUCCACUGCGUGCUGAGGGUCGGCUCUCAAUUCGCCUGUUCCGCUGUGCAAAGUGUCACUUCUACAGCAAGUCCUGGCGUCUCCUUCAGCUGCACAAGGCCCAGCACGAGCUGAAGAUGAUCAGAAGUGACAGCAUGAAGAGGUCACUGCCUGCAGCCCAGCCUGACAGGGAGGCAGAGGGAGGGAGGUACUUCUGCAGGUACUGCCCGUACGGGUCCACACACAUCAGCCAUGUCUGGAGGCACGAGGAACGCCACAACGCCGGGCUGCCUUUUAAAUGCAGGUACUGUUCCUACUCCUCCCUGCUGGAGUUCUGGACAGACAGACACGAGGCGGUGCACAGAGAGGAGAGGCAGGUAGAAGCCAUGCAGGACAUUAGGAACCUCCAGAUCCAGCCUGAGGAGAGGUCCCCAGUGUUCGCGUAUGGGGACGACACACUGUUCGCUGGGAUUGACACAGAAGAGGAACUGGCGACAAACAGCGACGGCUCGGACGACGCGUACUCGUGCAAACUGUGCGGACGGACGUUUGAGGAGUGGAGAACGUACCAGCAGCAUGCCCGGCAGCAUCGGCAGGCGAGGGGAGAACAUGUUAGUCAUGCCGUUGCCCUUGGCGACCCGUUUACGGGAAGGGUGUUCUACGUGUUCACGUGUAAGCUGUGUGGGCGCAGGUUUACAGGACAGGUGGACUGGAUCCAGCACAUGCAACACCACAGGAGAAACAACAGGGUUCCUGACAGAAGAUAGGCCUGUUUUCACUGGAUGGUGAUCGCUGAGCGAGUGUCAGCAACCAAAGUUGAAUUUGUGGGACACUUGAUUUUUCUUAAGUGGCAAAACUAUGAUUUGAAAGACAACAAAACACCCAAAAUGUACCAAAAAUUGUUUUUCAUCUAUGAAAUUUGUUUAGCUAUCUGUGAAGUCUUUGUUCGUUCAGUGGUGCUCAAUUCAACUACAUGGUUGACAAGUAUAAAACCUCAGUGGACACUUUGAUAAUGUUUGUUGAUCCACAGUGCCAUGAAAAAAACAAGUAUAAGGUAGGAGUAAACAACAGUCAGUGAAUCAUUAGUAUGAUGAUCAUAGAUUGAUAUUGCAGUGUACCAGUAGUAUCUGUGUUAUUUCUUUUCAGUUAGAAAUUAUUCUACACACACGUGAAAGUUCUAUAAUCAUAGCCCGUUGCUAUUUAGAAUACUGGUCAAGUUAUGGGUCAUCUAGAAUACUUAACUUGAAAGCUGUUUGUCAUUGUACAUGUAUAUAUGCAUUCAGACACAUUCCUCUUGAUUAUUAUUAUAAUUAUGAUUUAUCACAAAAACUGCUGGGUGUUAUAAUACAAUAAGAACAUAUCAGGAUAUUUGUGACAGGUGCUAUAAUCAUAAAUCAUGAAUCUACAUCUACUUACUAUCAUAAUGCUUGAAGAUGAGUGAUAUGAAAUGUAUAUACAUUAAGUACAUGAAACAAUGCUGCAUACAUAGCUGUAAGGAAGUUGACUCUGUACAAAGAGACAUUGGUGUACAAGAUUAGAACAGCUGUUGCAAGAGAUUGCCAAGUGUGUUUUGUUGAGUAUGUAUUGAUGGCAAUGUGCAGGUGGAAAUGGAAAAACAAGUUAUUUUGAGAACCGUACAUCUAAUGUCAUGUCUGGUUUUCACACAUUUAUGUUUAUCCCUAAGCAGAUGUCAGGUACAUUGUAUUUUUUCUGUCUUCUGCUUCCUUCGUUUACGGACAUGUAGGAUAUUUCUGAACUAUGAGUUCUGAACUAGAGUUGAUGGUCGUAAGCAGUUAUUUGAUUAGACCAAUCCCAUAGCAAACAUGACUUACCUGGCAACAAGCAACAUACUGGUAUCUUCAGUCACAGCAAACAUUCUAUACAAUGUAUUGUAUAUAGCCGGCUUCUAAAUGAGAAAAUGUACAUUACUUCAUGCAAAACCAAGGAGUUAAUGUCCCCUUGUCUUCCCAUAACAAUUCCAGGAUUUUGUCAAGCUAGCCACGAAAAACAGCUAAAUUUAGAUGGAUUGAUAAACAUUCACAGAUAGCAGUACUUUUUACAUUGUUGCUGACAUAUACAGAAUAUCACAAAAAAAUCAAGCACACUGGCAUCACAAAACACAGAUAAUCUGGUCCACCCUACUAUUAUAGAAGCGUACAAUUGUGUAUAGGGAAGCGCCAGCACAUAAUACAUGUAUGUACACGCAAUGUUACUGUUGUAGCUUCAU